GGGGGUGGGGGGGGGAGAGAUGGGGGCGCUCAAUGCCACCGCCUUCAAUGCCUCAGCGCGGCCGGAGACCGGCCAGUACUCGGCCGGAGCCGUGGCCGGCUUGUCCGCUCUGGUGGGCUUCCUGAUCCUGUUCACCAUCGCGGGCAACACCCUGGUGGUGAUCGCGGUGUUGACGAGCCGGGCUCUGCGGGCCCCCCAGAACCUGUUCCUGGUGUCCCUGGCCAGCGCGGACAUCCUGGUGGCCGCCCUGGUCAUGCCUUUCUCGCUGGCCAACGAGCUGAUGGGCUACUGGUAUUUCGGGGCGGUGUGGUGCGAUGUCUACCUGGCCUUGGACGUGCUGUUCUGCACCUCGUCCAUCGUGCACCUGUGUGCCAUCAGCCUGGACAGGUACUGGUCCAUCGUCAAGGCGGUGGAGUACAACUUGAAGAGGACUCCGGGCAGGAUCAAGGGCGCCAUAGUCAGCGUGUGGCUCACCUCGGCCAUCAUCUCCUUCCCCCCCCUCAUCUCCACCUCCCGGGUGGUGGAGCACGACCAGCUCCGGCCCGCCUGCCGCAUCAACGACGACACCUGGUACAUCCUGCUGUCGUGCGGCGCCUCCUUCUUCGCGCCCUGCCUCAUCAUGCUGCUGGUGUACCUCCGCAUCUACCGGGUGGCCAAGCACCGGACCCGCAGCCUGUCGGUGAAGAGGAACGGCGCGGACGGCCCCUCCCAGACCGAGGAGGCGGCCGCCAGCAGAGCCGCCUCCCUCAAGGAGGCGGGAGGCGAAGGGAGUGCUGCUCCCGGCAGCGGGCUAGCAGCAGCAGGAGGGGAGCGCCAGAAUGGCCACUACUGCUCAGCGGCGGAGCCCGACGACAGCUCCGUCUCCAAGACCCCCCCUUCCAAAAAGGAGAGCUCCAAGAAGGACUCGAGCCUGAGCCGCCAGCGCCUCUCCCGCUCCAGCAGCCGCUCCUUCGAUGUGUUCUCCACCCGGAGGAAGAGGAGGGGCAGCCGCAUGUCCAGGAGCAAGGCCUCCCAGGCCCGGGAGAAGCGCUUCACCUUCGUGCUGGCCGUGGUGAUGGGGGUGUUCGUGCUCUGCUGGCUGCCGUUCUUUCUCAGCUACAGCCUGUACGGCAUCUGCCGGGAGCUCUGCGAGGUCCCCGAGACCCUCUUCAAGUUCUUUUUCUGGAUUGGUUACUGCAACAGCUCCCUCAACCCGGUCAUCUACACCAUCUUCAACCAGGACUUCAGGAGGGCGUUUCACAAAGUCCUCUUCAAACCCAAGAAAAGGACAUUUUAAUUCAGCCUCUCCUCCCCCCUCCCCACAUACACUGAUGCCCCCCAUUCUUUGGUUUUCAAACUGUCUCUGGGUCUGAAAAUGUACAUAAUCUAUAUGCUGUAUGUAUGGAUUUAUCAUAAAGGUGAUGUCUCCAUGUCCUACCAGAUCACAGGAUUGCUGUCUCAUUUGAGCAAGAGGACUGGUGAUGUUCUGUUUCAUUCUGCCGAGCAGGAACUCCACUCUGUAUACUGGCUGUCAGCAGCCAGCUCAGAGUCAGUCCCUAAACUGAGGAGAUCUUCGGAAUCCCCUGUUUGCUUUUACUGCUGAUGCUUUAACCUGAGGGUCACCAUGCCUCAGGCGAGGGGGAGAGGUUGAGAAGGAGAGUCCUUCACGGUAAACUCAG